UCUCCAUCAUCAAGCUGCAGAAGGAACAUGCAGGAAACUACUGCUGCAGUUAUCAAGCUCAAUCUGAAUUUUCAGUCUCAAAUAAGAGCGACAACAUUUUACUGUGGAUAUUAGAUCCCAGGACAUCUAUACCUACCAUUUCCCCAAGUCCCAUUAUGGUUGUAUCUCUUGGACAUAAUGUCACUAUUCAUUGUGAAAACCAAACCUCAGCUGAGACCUUCUACCUCCUGAAGGCUGGAGACCAGAAGUCUGAACAGAUGAAAGAGAUUAGUCAGAAUAAUUCUAGCUUCACCAUCAGGAAUGUCACCUUAGAACACACAGGAAAAUAUACCUGCCGUUAUAGCAACAAAUUAGAUUGUUUCUUCACCUCAAAGUCUAGUGUUCCCAUGGAACUUCUGCUAACAGACCCUGAACUAUCCAGGCCAGGUAUCUCCUUGAAUUCUAGCAUAGUUUCUCGUUUGAGGAGCAGUGUCAGCAUUCAAUGCUGGGUCAAAAAAGGUCAGAGUGGCAUUUUCUAUCUUCAUAAUGCUGAAGAUAAAACGAAAUUACAAUCUGUGAAGUCACAAGAGAACAUGGCAAAAUUCAUUUUCAAGAACAUACGUCGGGAGGACAGUGGGAACUACAGCUGCAGCUACAGACCUACACCAGGGUUUCUCAUCUCUCCAGCCAGCAACAGUAAUGCAACACUGCUAAUAUUAGAUCCGGACUUACCAAGUCCUACCAUCUCCAUCAGUCCUAUUGGAUUGGUUGCUCUUGGACAAGAAAUCAAGAUCCAGUGCGAAACUAAGAAUGGACCCAUGAUGUUCUAUCUCUAUGAGGCUGGAGAUCCAACAGCAAAGUGGACUAUGAAGUCUGAUUUUGACAUGGGUGAAUUCUCCAUCAGCAACCUCAGUUCUCAGCACCGGGGGAUGUAUCACUGUAUUUAUGCCCGUGUAGACAAGCCUUUUCUCUUCUCAGGAGCCAGUGAACCACUGGAGCUUCAAGUUUCAGGGAUGCAAGAGAGCUAUGAUUAUACCCAGGCCAAUAUUGCCCGCUUCAUCAUAGGAAGUCUGAUCCUUCUUGUCCUCACGUAUAUUAUCUUUGUGGAAUGCAACAUAGACUAA